AUGCCUCUGAACUACUCCAAGUGGGACAAACUGGAGUUGUCGGACGACUCUGACAUCGAGGGACAUCCUAACGUCGACAAGAAGUCUCUUAUUCGCAGAUGGAAACAACGCGACAUCCACGAGAAGCGCGAAGCGCGCAAGCACAAGAUCGCCCAACUGGGCGAGGAGAUCAAGACGUCCAACAUCAUCCUCCCGCGUAUCUCAGCCCUCAUCAGCGCAGUAUCUACCAACGGGCCGAAGGAGUUCUCCUCCCUCACCGAACGGCUCAAGAAGCAGCCGUCACCUGACGGUCCUGCACCUUAUCCCGGUGCACCGAAGGCACCGUCUUAUGAUCAGAUGAUGGAGUCGCUGCUGUACAAAGUGUGGGAGGACGUGCGGGAGAAAGGCACUGAUGUGAAGGACGAACAGAGCCUGGAGACGGCGCUUGUGAAAGAGCUUAAUGUGCAUGAGGCGGAGCUGGGGAAGAGAGUGAAGGAGUGCGAGGAGGAGCUGCAGGCGCUGAACGAGGAAGCGCAUGCUAAAAUCACGAGCGACGACAUUCAUGAAGGGUUUGACAGUCAUUAUCUGCCCCACAAGGUUGAAGACGUCGAGAUAGCGCCGUCUCAAGCCGCGCCUAAGCAUAAGAAGACGCACAAAACGACCGAAACGUCGUUCGAGACGCUCAACAGUCCCAAGCCUAUGGCCCCUAUUGCUACUCCUAAAGACGCCCCGACGCCCGUCCCCAACCAGGAGGAGAAGAGCGGGUACGAAGCCGAUGAGCCCGGCGAGGACGAUGAUGAAGACGAUGACGACGACGACGAGCUGCCCGCUCUGAGCCCCGCGUUGCUCAAGUUCUCACGUAUUGGAGUGGGAAAAUAUGACGAAUCCUACCAUUUCUUGCAGGAGAACAACAGUGUCCUCGCCGCUGGAGCCCUGGAUGCACUGUUCGGCGCUGCAUACCUAGCGGAGAUGAGGAACGACACCAAGUAUGCAAAGUCCUGUGUCCAUCAGGCGUUGCUCCUUCAGUACUGUGAGAAGCUGGGCAAGGACGGGAUUGCAGUGUUUUUCCGCCGGAUGGCAAGCGGGCACCAGAAUGCCCAAGCAGUGUUUAUGAAAGACGUCAACGACACGUAUGGGCUGAUGAAGCAACGCGUAGCUGCAAACCGCGCUUCUGCCUCCCAGGGGAAGGAGACGAUUCAGCUGCAAGUCGAGUCCGGCGUCAACUCAAUCUCGUUUAACAUCCCUGACGGGCCGCCGCCGCCUCCUGGUCAAGCGCUGGAAGUGAACUAUGAAGGGCUCGAAGAGGGAGAGAGGCCGGAUGUGGAAGAAGUCCGGAUGUGGCUGCAAAAGCGGUGGGAUAUCUGGCAGGGGUUCCCUAAGAAACUCCGGAAGGCGCUGCAGAGCGGGAGCUUGGAGAACGUCAACAAGGUGCUUGAGGGGAUGGAGGUUGAGCCUGCGGAGAAGAUCGUCCAGCAGUUGCAAGAAGGCGGGAUCUUGAAUUUUUCAGAGUCGGGCGUUAGGGAUGAGACGCCUGCUGGGAAGGCGGCGAGGGGGGAGACGGGCGAGGCUCCGGCCAAGGCGUGA